GCGCAGCGCCCGCCCGCCGGGCACGAUGGCGGGGAGGGCGGCCGUCCCGGGCACCGCCGUGCUGCUGGUCACGGCCAACGUGGGCUCGCUUUUCGACGACCCAGAAAACCUGCAGAAGAAUUGGCUUCGGGAAUUUUACCAGAUCGUGCACACACACAAGCCGCACUUCAUGGCCCUGCACUGUCAGGAGUUUGGAGGGAAGAACUACGAGGCCUCCAUGUCCCACGUGGACAAGUUUGUCAAAGAACUGCUGUCCAGCGAGGCGAUGAAGGAGUAUAACAGGGCUCGCGUCUACCUGGACGAGAACUACAGAUCCCAGGAGCACUUUACGGCACUAGGAAGCUUUUAUUUUCUUCAUGAAUCCUUAAAAAACAUCUACCAGUUUGACUUUAAAGCUAAGAAGUAUAAAAAAGUCACUGGCAAAGAGAUCUACUCGGACACGUUAGAGAGCACGGCCAUGCUGGAGAAAGAGAAGUUUCCGCAGGACUAUUUCCCCGAGUGCAAGUGGUCGAGAAAAGGCUUCAUCCGGACGCGAUGGUGUGUUGCUGACUGUGCCUUUGACCUGGUGAACGUCCAUCUUUUCCAUGAUGCUUCCAAUUUAGUUGCUUGGGAAACGAGUCCCUCUGUGUACUCAGGCAUCCGGCACAAGGCCCUGGGCUACGUGCUCGACAGAAUCGUUGAUCAGCGAUUCGAGAAAGUCUCCUACUUUGUCUUUGGCGAUUUCAACUUCCGACUGGAUUCCAAGUCCGUCGUAGAGACACUCUGCACAAAGGCCACCAUGCAGACAGUCCGGGCUGCUGACACAAACGAAGUUGUGAAGUUGAUAUUUCGUGAGUCAGACAAUGACCGGAAGGUUAUGCUGCAGUUGGAGAAGAAGCUCUUCGACUACUUUGACCAGGAAGUGUUCCGAGACAACAACGGCACCGCGCUCCUGGAAUUUGACAAAGAGUUAUCUGUCUUUAAGGACAGGCUGUGUGAACUGGACAUCUCGUUCCCCCCAAGCUACCCAUACAGCGAGGACUCCAGCCAGGGUGAGCAGUACAUGAACACCCGGUGCCCCGCCUGGUGUGACCGCAUCCUCAUGUCCCCAUCUGCCAAGGAGCUGGUGCUGAGGUCGGAGAGCGAGGAGAAGGUUGUCACCUACGACCACAUCGGGCCCAACGUCUGCAUGGGAGACCACAAGCCCGUGUUCCUGGCCUUCCGAAUCGCGCCUGGGGCAGGUAAACCUCAUGCACAUGUGCACAAGUGUUGUGUCGUGCAGUGACGUGGUGGGAAGCGGUGCCAGCGAAGCGAGAGGAUCCUUCGCCAGACCGCCCUGUAGCAGUUAUUGAAACACGUACCCUUGACAGCUGCGUCGGAAACCCACCUGCUAGACGGCCGGCCCCACACUUCGCUUCAGCCUCCGGACCACUCCGGAAAAGCCUCACAUACCUCACUGUCUUGUCUGUUCAUGUGACAUUAAGUAGAACUAUUGGGUUUUUUCAAAUAAGUCACAGUCCUGUUGCCAAAACUCUAAUAGACAGCAAAGAGAUUCUGCAUUUUAGAUUCCACGGUUUUCGGUUUUUGAUGAUUGUCAGUGCAGGAGCUUCUCCAGCAUAGAAACCCCACAGGUGGCCACUGUUCUCCUGCCAGGCGGAAGGGGCUGGGGGCCAAGGUGGGGGCUCCCUUGGCCGUGCCAACAGGCAGCGUGGCCAGCCCAGCGUGGCGAGGACGCCGUUCACUCUGAUGCUCCCCACCCCCUCCAUUUACUCUACUGCCAUGUUACAUGGUUUUUGAAUCACACGCAGCUGCUUUCCAUUUUUAUAUAUAUAAAUAUAUAUAAAUAUAUACUUUUAAAAAAUAAUUUAUAAAUCUUACCAAAACUUAUGUUAGAUAUACUUUCCAGUAUGAAUGCACGGGAGUGUCAUAGCAGAUAGAAUUGGAGUCUAAGGGAUUAGUUAUGUGUAAGUCAGCACACACAUUCAUAAAACUAGUAUGACCCAGUGGUGCCAUCACGGGUGAAGACCGGCCUGCAGCACGUCAGUACUAGCGGUUGGCUACUCCUGUGCCUUUUCUCUGUGUGAUAUUAAGAAUUGAAUGUGAAGUUUAUAGCUAGCCUGGGUGUACCUUUUAAGAAUUUUGUAAACCGUUUUGUCUGUCUUUUGUUACCAUUUUAUGGUGCCAAGUAUUCUACAUUAAAACAAUAAUAUCAUGGGAGAAAUAGAAAUAGCCUAGUCUGCUUCCAGUAGAAAUUGCUUUUAACACGGGCUGUAUAUAAAAAACAUUAAAGAGAAGCAAAACUGUACAUUUCCUGGUUGCUCUGCUACAACCUGCAUAAUAACCUUGUUGCAAAUAUUUUUCUCCUAGCACUAAGUACAGCAUUAAAAGGUGAUUAGAGAGUCUGUUGAUGAAACACAAAUGUACGUUUUAUUGAUUUACUUUAGAACACUACAGAGUUCCUGGACUGGGGAAAGGCAUCAGAUCGAUCUUUGUUUUUUGUAUAAAUCACUACCAUUGCAAGUGAUUUGGUGUCCACUUGCCGAAUCUCUGUUCUGACGACAUGGUCGGAUCUGUGCAGACGCUGUGGUCUCUGCUGUCAGCGCACCACAUCGCAGUCCCCCGGGCGAGUUUGCUGAGCGGGUUUCAGCUGUGGGUCGUCCCAAAGGCCUUUAGAAGUGACUGCUCUGGUUCCUAAGCAAUAAAAUCGAUCCUGGUGAAAACA